GAUCACAAUGGCGUCUCCUCUCUGAUGCGAGCGCACGACGCGGGUCCUCGUGUCUUUUCCGUUUAGGGAUCCAAGAUGGCUCGCGGUCCAAAGAAGCAUCUCAAGCGUCUUAACGCGCCAAAAGCAUGGAUGUUGGAUAAACUUGGGGGCGUGUACGCCCCCCGACCAUCUACUGGUCCACACAAACUCAGGGAGUCGCUCCCUCUGGUCAUCUUCCUCCGUAACAGGUUGAAGUACGCCUUGACCAAUUGCGAAGUUACUAAGAUCGUGAUGCAACGUUUGAUCAAGGUCGAUGGAAAGAUUCGCACCGAUCCUAAUUAUCCUGCCGGUUUUAUGGAUGUUAUUACGAUUGAGAAAACCGGCGAAUUCUUCCGCUUGAUCUACGACGUUAAGGGACGUUUCACCACCCAUCGUAUUACUGCUGAGGAGGCCAAGUACAAACUGUGCAAGGUAAAGCGCGUCCAGACCGGUCCUAAAGGGAUACCGUUUCUAGUUACGCACGACGGUAGAACAAUUCGAUAUCCCGACCCAGUUAUAAAAGUGAACGACACUAUUCAUCUGGACAUUGCCACUAGCAAAAUUUUGGAUUCCAUCAGAUUUGAUUCUGGUAAUCUGUGCAUGAUCACUGGUGGCAGGAACUUGGGUCGUGUUGGUACCGUCGUGAGUCGCGAGCGUCAUCCUGGCUCCUUUGACAUCUGUCAUAUAAAGGAUGCUCAGGGACACACCUUCGCCACCAGGUUGAACAAUGUCUUCAUCAUUGGUAAAGGCACGAAGGCGUACGUGAGUUUGCCCAGAGACAAGGGUGUGAAGCUGUCGAUCGCCGAGGAACGCGACAAGAGAUUAGCGGCGAAGGGAGUGAACUAAUGUAAUGUACAUUUUCAAGAAAACGUUCAAUAAACCGAGAUUGUCUUGGUAGAA